GACACAACCCCCGAAUUUAGGUGUAUUCUAAUACUACCGUUACCGUAUUUCUUUAUUCUUACACAACAUUCAUUUCUCCUAAUAUAUAGACACAAGUUUUAUACGUAUAAUCUAAACGCAGACGACAAACUUUCAACUUUCUCUCAAUUGCCACGUGUGCAAAUCGUUGAUGAAUCUAUUGCCAGAGCUCAUCUAGGCCACUUGCAGACCCGAAUUCACAACUAGUCCGACCCGACCGAGACUGCAGCCAGUUAUACUCAAUUGAUUUGUAACAGCGCAUUGCUUGCUUGUGUUUGAAUUUAAAAUUUCAAUUAUUAGAUCCACUUUGAUUGCGAUUUUGUGAAUUUAGAUUUUUUGGAUCUGAUCGUACAAGGAGCGCAAGCAGCGCCAUCUAAGAGUGUUAGAUGGCGCUGUUCAGGCGGUUCUUCUAUCGCAAACCGCCGGACCGGCUUCUCGAGAUCUCUGAAAGAGUUUACGUGUUUGAUUGCUGCUUCUCAACUAAUGUGUUGAAAGAAGAUGAAUAUAAAUUAUAUAUGGGUGGCAUUGUAGCUCAGCUACAGGAUUACUACCAGGAUGCUUCUUUUAUGGUUUUUAACUUUAGAGAAGGGGAAACUAGGAGCCAAGUUUCAGAUUUGUUGUCUCAGUAUGAUAUGACAGUCAUGGAGUAUCCUCGAGAAUAUGAGGGAUGUCCACUUUUAUCGUUAGAAAUGAUUCAUCACUUCUUGCGAUCUAGUGAGAGCUGGUUAUCUUUGGAAGGCCAACAAAAUGUGCUGUUAAUGCACUGUGAAAGAGGAGGUUGGCCUGUGCUUGCUUUUAUGCUUGCAGGCCUGCUUUUAUAUCGUAAACAGUACACUGGUGAGCAGAAGACCCUUGAAAUGGUGUACAAACAAGCUCCAAAAGAACUUAUUCAUCUCUUGUCUCCUGUAAAUCCACAGCCUUCGCAACUUAGAUACCUUCAGUACAUUUCCCAGAGAAGUUUGGGUUCCGGUUGGCCACCUUCAGAUACACCUCUUGCCUUGGAUUGCAUUAUUCUUAGAGUUCUCCCUUUGUUUGGUGGGGGUAAAGGUUGCAGACCAGUAGUUCGUGUUUAUGGGCAGGAUCCGUCUUCGACAACAGCCAAUAGAAGUUCUAAGCUCUUGUUUUCAACUUUAAAAACAGCAAAGCGUGCUCGAUUCUACUCGCAGGAAGAGUGUGUCCUAGUCAAACUAGAUUUUCAUCGCCAAGUUCAAGGCGAUGUUAUCAUUGAGUGCAUUCAUUUAGAGGAUGAUUUGGUAAGUGAAGAAUUGAUUUUCAGAGCCAUGUUCCACACAGCAUUUAUCCGGUCAAACGUAUUGAUGUUGAACCGUGAUGAAGUUGAUGUUCUGUGGGAUGUGAAGGUCCAGUUCCCAAAAGACUUUAAGGCUGAGGUACUCUUUUCGGAUGUCAAUGCUGUAUCAAUCUUCACCAGAGAUGUGUCAGGCGAAGAUGGGAAUGAGACGGAAGGUGCUUCACCUGAAGAGUUCUUUGAGGUAGAAGAGAUAUUUAGCAGUAUUGACACACAAGUUGGGAAGGGUGACCUUGGCACUCAUAUAGCUGAAGAUAAUAAUGUUAGUCAAAGAAGUAAAUCAAGUGAUGACAAUGAUUCAAUAGUUUGGAAAGAAGAUCUAGAACCUCACGCAUUUCUAGACUGUGCAUCAGACGAUGGCACUCCAAGGCAGGAUGGAAAUCGUAGCUUUAAUGAUAGAACUGAUAAUAAGGUUGAUGAGAUGUACUCUGCUGAAUUUGUCCCUGACAUGUCCAUUACUACUGAAACUAAGACAGUGACGGGUGAUAUGUUAAGGUCUACAGAAACCGAGAUAAAGCUUACUGAUAUCCGCGGCACCUCAGAUAACAAAGAAAAUGAACAUGAAAGGAAGGACGGUCCUACGAAGAUGCUUGAAAGACAGGGUUCACAUCAAAAGAUUAGUGUGAGGGUGGCUGCUGGUGCUCGCAGCAUAACUGAUGCAAUGAAGAAUGAACAGGAAGGGAAAGCCAAUCCUGUUGAGAUGCUAGAAAGGCAAAUUUCACAAAGGAAGUUGAGCGCUGAUGUUCCAAGACAUAACUAUGAUUCUUCCAACCCAACUGUAACAAAGAAAGUGUCAUCCUUAAGUUCAAAACAAGUUGCAGAUUCAGGGAGUACUAAACAGACGAUCAAACAGCAGGAUACUCAAGGCAGUAUUCCAAAGCAGGCUAAGCCAAAUAAAAUAUCUAGGUGGAUUCCUUCUAACAAAGGUCCUUACACGAAUUCAAUGCACGUGGCGUAUCCACCAACAAGGUACAAUAGUGCACCCCCCAUGCUAGCUCUAGCGAAGGAUACUCAUUUAAAAGGCAAUACAAAGGCUCGUACUUCAGACCUGAUGAGUAGCUCUGAAUCAACAAUUUUUGAAGUUGAUGCCCAGACAACUGGAGAUAGUCUACUGGCAAAGGCCACUUCUUCCCCAGUUUUAGAGUCCUCGCCAGUAGGUGUGGUUCCACCGGCUCCGCCCCUGCUUACUUUAUCUGCAAACAUAAGGGGAACUGGAGCUCAGUUAAACUGUCAACCACCUCCUCCACCGCCGCCGCCACCACCUCCACCUCCGUUAUCAAGAGCUCCACCUCCACCACCCCCACCUCCUUUUUCACGAGCUUCACCUCCGCCUCCGCCUCCACCCCCACCUCCUUUUUCACGAGCCUCACCUCCACCCCCAUCUGCUUUUUCUCGAGUGUCACCUCCACCUCCUCCACCCCCACCCCCACCUCCUUUUUCUCGAGAAUCACUCAAUCUACCCCAGAUUCAUAUGUCCGAGAGUUUACCCCCACCACCUCCUCCCCCACCUCCUUUUUCUAGAGCUCCACAUCCGCCUCCGCCUCCGCCACCUCCUUUAGCUCGAGCUCCGCCUCCGCCACCACCACUGCCUGCUGCUCGAAAUCCACCCCCUCCUCCACCACCGCCACCUCCUCCAAUGCAUGGAUCCUUACCUCCGCCUAUGCGUGCAGCCCCAUCUCCACCGCCUCCACCCCCUCCGCCUAUGCGUGGAGCCCCAUCUCCCCCGCCUCCACCCCCUCCGCCUAUGCGUGGAGCCCCAUCUCCACCUCCUCCACCUAUGCGUGGAGCCCCAUCUCCACCACCUCCGCCUCCUCCGCCUAUGCGUGGAGCCCCAUCUCCCCCGCCUCCACCUCCUCCACCUAUGCGUGGAGCCCCAUCUCCACCGCCUCCUCCAAUGCGCGGACCACCUCCUCCUCCGGCACCUCCUCCUCCAAUGCGUGGAGGGCCACCUCCAGCACCUCCUCCUCCGAUGCGUGGAGGACCACCACCGCCUCCACCUCCAUUGCGUGGAGGACCGCCUCCACCACCUCCUCCUGCUUUUCCUGGUCGUUCACCAACACCUCCUUCAGCAAAUGGAGGCCCCCCACCACCACCUCCCCCGCAAAAAGGGCCACCUCCACCACCUCCUCCUGGAGCACGUGGACCUCCUCCACCUCCUGGACCACCUAGACCUCCAGGUGGUGGCCCUCCUCCCCCUCCAUCAUUUGGUGCAAAAGGACCAGCAGCUGAUGGUCGAGGCUUGACUGCUGGAAGAGGACGUGGGCUCCCCCGUCCAGGAGGCAUGCCUGCUCUAGCACCUCGAAGAUCUACCUUAAAACCUCUGCACUGGAGCAAGGUGACCCGGGCACUGCAAGGGAGCUUAUGGGAAGAACUGCAAAGGAAUGGUGAUCUUCAGGGUUCACCAGAAUUUGAUGUGUCAGAAAUAGAGUCCCUUUUUUCUGCCACACUCCCAAAGUCGAGCAGGACAGGUGGCAAGUCAGAUGACAGGCGGAAGUCUCUUGGAUCUAAACCUGACAAAGUUCACCUGGUUGAUCUGAGGCGUGCAAACAACACUGAAAUAAUGCUCACAAAGGUCAAAAUGCCACUUCCCGACAUGAUGGCUGCAGCUUUAGCAAUGGAUGAAUCAAUUUUAGAUGCUGAUCAAGUAGAAAAUCUUAUAAAAUUUUGUCCAGUGAAAGAAGAGAUGGAACUGCUCAAGAAUUACACAGGUGACAAGGAGAAUCUGGGAAAGUGUGAACAGUUUUUCUUGGAGCUGAUGAAGGUCCCACGAGUGGAAUCGAAAUUAAGGGUUUUUCUUUUCAAAAUUCAGUUUAAUUGCCAGAUUUCAGAUUUCACGAAGAGUUUAAAAUCUGUUCUUGCUGCCUGUGACGAGGUUCGGAAUUCUUUCAAGUUAAAGGAAAUUAUGAAGAAAAUUUUAUAUUUGGGGAAUACAUUAAAUCAAGGAACUGCCAGGGGUUCUGCAGUAGGAUUCAAAUUAGACAGUCUAUUGAAACUUGCCGAUACCCGUGCCACCAACAACAAGAUGACAUUAAUGCAUUAUCUUUGCAAGGUUCUUGCUUCAAAGUCCCCGGCUCUCCUAGACUUUCACAAGGAUCUCUUAAGCCUUGAACCUGCAUCGAAGAUACAAUUAAAGUCUUUAGCAGAGGAAAUGCAAGCUAUUAUCAAGGGAUUAGAAAAAGUGAAGCAGGAGUUAAGUGCAUCCGCGAAUGAUGGCCCUGUAUCAGAAGUUUUUCAUAAGACACUGAAGGAAUUUGUCGGGGUUGCUGAAACAGAGGUUGCUUCUUUAACAAACUUGUAUUCUGUGGUGGGUAGGAAUGCAGAUGCACUGGCACUUUAUUUUGGCGAGGACCCGGCACGGUGUCCGUUUGAACAAGUUACUGCAACACUUUUAAACUUUGUGAGGUUGUUCAAGAAAGCUCAUGAGGAGAACUGUAAACAGGCUGAACUCGAGAAGAAGAAAGCUCAAAAGGAGAUUGAAAUGGAGAAGGCGAAGGGGAUUAAUCUAACAAAGAAGGCUGCAAAGUAGCACACCAAAUCACCUUCACGGGGCUUCUAUAAUGUGUGGUCUUAAACUGUUGAUUUAAAAGUCACAGUGAUCCGCUUCAGUAACAGGCCAAAAAUUACCCCUCAUCUUUGUUGUGGCAUGAAGUUAUGGUUAUUCAAGUUCAAGAAAACAAGGUGAAAAUGUCACUCUCGAGGGCCUGUAAUCCUGGCUGUGACUCGGCUCGCAGCGCCAUCGGCAAUUUAGAAGCUUGCAUAUGGUUGAUUGUUAUUUAUGCCAUAUCUGUGAGCAGUUAAGUGAAUAUUGUUUAUAAGAUGGGUGGCUCAGGGAAUCCAUCCAAGGAAUCCAAUCCGACUCUAAUGUCAUGUACAGAAGGAACUAUUGCUAUUCACUGGAUGAAGACAUCUUUCUGAUAGCAAAAUUGGCUUUCAUACUCUUUUGGGGAGCAAAUAUGGAGGCAUUUUUGGGGGAGAGCAAAUGCCAAUAAGCCAGUGUACCGCAAACCAUGUACAAAGCUCUAACCUAACCUCAUAGCUAGAUGGAAGAACAUUUGAUUCUUUUCUUGUAACAUAGAAGUGUGGGUUCCCAUUCAACCAAUUGGAUUUUGCACGAACCCGCUUCAAGAGUUGUAUAUAAUCUACAGUCUGGACUAGAGAUGUUCAAAAAAUCUGAAAUCCGAAAUCCGAUCCGAUCCGAUCUGGAAAAAAAUCUGAAAAACCCGAUCCGAAAAAAACCCGGUCUGACCCGGCCCGGUCCGAGGGCCUAAAACAGGCCUAGUAUUUUCAAAAAAAUCCGGAUAAAAUCCGGAUUUUUGAAAAAUCCGGGCUUUUUAUAACUAAACCAGGCCUAGUAUUUUUGGAAAAGCCCGGCCCGGUCCGGCCCGAUUUUUAAAAAAACCCGGCCCGAUCUGGUUAUAAAAAAAUCCGGAUUUUUUUGGCCCGGUCUGGAUCUGGCCCGAACAGAUCUUUUGUGCAUCUCUAGUCUGGACUAGAAAGAAAAUCAGAAAAUAGGAUAAUUAGUCUAACAUGUACUCUAACCAAUUAUGUCAUAUAGGCUGCAGGUCAUACACAAACUCUUUUACUCCAGAGUAGUGAUUUUUUCUUAGUCGUUAAUGAAAAAAGUUUGUGUUA